AUGGAUUCUUCAGAUAGCGACAAGCCUCAUUUUGAAUUCACUGAUACUAUCGAGGAAGAAGAUGCUGAGGAAGAAAUUUCAGAAAUUGAGCAUAAUUUUCAAGAAGAAGAAAUAUUUGAAGAAGAAAUAAAUGAAGAUAACGAAGUUGCUGAAGAAGAAGAUCAAAACGACGAUACAGAUGUUAUCAAAUUCAUUGAGGAACUUAAAAAAUUACAAAAUAAGAGCAAAAAGAAACUAGAACAAUAUAACGAGAAUAAUAAUCAAGCUCCUAAUGAAUCGAAUAACAAAGAAAGCAGAAAUAAUGGCAAAAGCAAAGUUAAAAAAGGAAAUCGUUACGAAGAAUUAUGCAAAGAUGGUUGUAAGAAGAAAGAUGAUAAAUCAGAGCAAGCAGACACAGGAAAAAUGCCUAAGCAAAUCGAUCCUGAAAGGCUUGAAAAACUUAAUAAGAAAAAUACUUCAGCUGCAAUUGAAAUAAUUAAACAAGAGCAAAAAGAAUAUGAAGAGAAGAAAUCUGAGAGAAGAGUAGGUUUUGUAACUAAAGCUAAGGAAGCGACAAAAUCCUUUAUAAGGAGAGGUUUCAUUAAUUAUGAGAAAGAUGGAGAUAUAGAGAGAUAA